UGCCAAAACGUUUUUGUAAGAGGCUAGCAGGGGGAGGAGACAGGAGGAGGAGGGAACAGGACUCUGCAGGAUAUAAGGAGCCUGCACCCCUACUCUUUUACCUUACAUUCCUGAAUUCUUCUUACUGCUGAAGCCCAGAACACAAAGGAGCAGCCAUGAGGAACACACUGAUGAUGCUGGUCGCCCUGAUGUGUGCACUGACCGUCUGCGCUGACAUCACACCGGCCGCAGACUUCGACCUGCAGAAGAUGUCAGGCAAGUGGUACACUGUCGCAUUAGCCAGCAACGCUCAGUGGUUUGUGAACAACAAGGCAGGAAUGAAGACUGGGACAGCUGUAAUUGUGCCGACUGAAGGAGGGGACAUGGACCUCACUUAUGCCAGCUUGAAAGACGACGGUUCCUGCUACAGAGCAACUCACACCGCUCAGAAAACAGAGACUCCCGGUCGCUUCACCUUCCACAGCCAGGUUUGGAACAACGACAACGUCAUGACCAUUGUUGAAGUUGUGUACGACGACUACGCCCUGGUGCAGACCAUCAAGACGAAGGAGGAAGUGUCUGAGGCCUUCAUCGCAGUCUACAGCCGCACUACUGAGUUCAGUGAGGUGGUGCAGCAGAAGUUCACCCAGCUCGCUCUGGAAGCUGGAGUCCUGCCCGACAACGCCGUCAUCCUGCCACAGAACGCUGAGUGUCCCGCAGUCUGAGGACCCCCUGCUGACUCCCCCCCCUCACUGUGAUCCGCAACAUCACGAAGCUACACCUGAGACGGUUUCCUUUCCUGCUCCUGCUGCAUACUAGAGAGCAAUCCUGACCCUCGUUCAGGGCUCAUUCCCCCCCCCCCCCCCCCCCCCCCCCACUCUGCACCUAAACUGUGGCAUCAGAGCGACACAACAGAACAGCUGAUAGUGAACAGAGGGAAUGAUUGCAAGAGACUGUGAAUGCUGUUUGUUGUCUGAGUGUUUGUUGUCUGUGUGUCUUUUGUAACUGGAGUGUUUGUUGAAAUAAACUUAAAGCCAGAAAAAAUUUA